CGACACAUAGCCAGUCAUAAAUUGUACGUUUGGGCUCACUGUAUGAAGUGUGAACCAGCUGCGUUUUAUAAAAGGAUUUAGCUUUGUGAUAUAGGAGUUGUGGACAAGUUGAGGCGUUGGGGAUCUGAAUUUCCGUGGGUCAAGAAUGGGGAGCACAGAUGAAAGAGUGGUUGCCGUGAUCAUGGUCGGUGGACCCACUAAAGGUACUAGAUUCCGACCACUCUCAUUGAACAUUCCAAAGCCGCUAUUUCCUUUGGCUGGACAACCAAUGGUUCAUCAUCCAAUUUCUGCUUGUAAAAAGAUUCCGAACUUAGCUCAGAUAUUUCUUAUUGGUUUCUACGAUGAGCGUGAAUUCGCAUUAUAUGUCUCCUCUAUCUCUAAUGAGCUCAGAGUCCCUGUUAGGUAUCUUUUUGAAGACAAGCCACAUGGAUCAGCUGGUGGGCUUUAUAACUUCAGAGACCUUAUCAUGGAAGACAGCCCUUCACAUAUUUUCUUGCUCAAUUGCGAUGUUUGCUGCAGUUUUCCACUGCCAGAAAUGCUUGAGUCUCACAGAAGAUAUGGUGGUAUGGGAACUAUUCUAGUAAUAAAGGUUUCUGCUGAGUCAGCAAACCAGUUUGGAGAGUUGGUAGCUGAUCCAGCCACCAAUGAACUGUUGCAUUACACAGAGAAACCUGAAACCUUUGUAAGUGACCGAAUCAAUUGUGGUGUCUACAUAUUUACCCCAGAUAUUUUCACUGCCACAGGGGUUUCCACUCAGCGGAAAGACAGAGCGAACCUGAGACGUUUAUCCAGCUUCGACGCCAUCGAUUCAGCAACAAGGAACCUUCCCGCAGAUUUUGUAAGAUUGGAUCAAGAUAUUCUAUCACCUCUUGCAGGGAAGAAGCAGUUCUAUACAUAUGAGACCAUGGACUUCUGGGAACAGAUCAAAACUCCUGGGAUGUCCUUGAAAUGUUCUGCACUGUAUCUUGCACAAUUCCGGUUCACUUCCCCCCAUCUUUUGUCUAGUGGGGAUGGCACAAAGAGUGCUGCCAUUUCUGGGGAUGUUUAUAUUCAUCCAUCGGCGAAAGUGCAUCCAACUGCUAAGAUUGGUCCCAAUGUCUCGAUAUCUGCAAAUGCUCGUAUAGGAGCUGGCGCAAGGCUCAUCAGUUGUAUCAUCCUUGAUGAUGUUGAAAUUAAGGAAAAUGCAGUUGUUAUUCAUUCUAUUGUUGGAUGGAAGUCCUCUAUUGGGAGAUGGUCUCGUGUCCAGGCCAGCGGAGACUACAAUGCAAAACUUGGGGUUACAAUACUUGGUGAAGCUGUGUCUGUUGAAGAUGAAGUGGUGGUGGUUAACAGCAUUGUUCUACCAAACAAGACUCUCAAUGUCAGUGUUCAAGAGGAAAUAAUUCUAUGAUAAAGCAAGCCGAGUUCUCAAAGCUAUUGCUAAGCUUUCUCACUAGUGUUAUUUCAAUCCUCAUUGCUGGAUUUCUAGUACGGAAGCCAACAUUAAAUAAUUUAUUUUCCUUUUGUAAAUUGGCAUUUCUCUAAUAAGAAUGAGUUCCUUUGUUUGGCUGCUUCA